ACAAUUGUGAUCCAGUUCAGCCGUGUCUGUGUAAAUAAAUAUUGUGAUUGGAUUGAUCGAUCUUUAAAACAGUUUAAUCGUUAUACUUUUUCUUUAGAAAAUUGUAUAAAUUUCAUAUUUUUAUGGCUCAGGACGCGGAGAAAAAUCAUUCUCUUCAUUCUGAACAAUCUUUGGAAGAAGUAGAAUGGAACAGAUUAAAAGAAUAUCGUCUCAAAGAAGGUUUUAUUGAUGGCAAAUGCUUAGGAGAAGAAACAACUUUAAAGAAUGGAUAUGACCAAGGAUAUAAGAAAGGAUUUGAGAUAAGUUUUCCAAUUUCUGUGAUUAAAGGUCUCCUUACUGUUAACAAACUGCUCUUAAAAGACUGUAAGACCCAUUUACUUGCCAAAGCAAAUGUUAUAGAUGAAGUGUUGGAUAAAUUUGAAAGAAAAUGUAGCGAAUUUAAGUUGAGUGAAAUAACGUAUGUUAAGGGAAAUGAUAUUUCCACUGAUCUUCAAAAUGAGAACGUUAAAACUUUAUUGAAAGAUUUGGUUUGUGAAGAUUCACAUGAAACUCUUGCCGUCGAUGGGAAUCACUUGAAUGAAAUCAAUGUGGAAUUUGCAGCCUUAAAAGAAACUAUUUUAAUAUUUCUUGAUGAAUGUCAACAACCAUUACUUUUGAGCCAAAUAUUUCAAGUAUUUGAGAAAUGGGAAUAUAAGCAAUUGAUCCAAUUAGAGGAAAUCGUUCCUAAAAGCUGCGAAGAAUCUGUAUCUCUCAAAGAGUCAACCAACAUUUAAAUACGAAGGAAUAACUAAAUUUGUUACUAUAUUAUCAGUCAUUUAGAAAGAUGAAAACAUAUCUAUUUGAGAAAAACAUUGUUAUUUAUUUUUUAUGAUGGUAAUUAAGAGAAUUUAUUUGUCAUCGUAACAGAAUUUAAUAAAUGUUUUGCUGCAAUUUUAAAAGAAACAAACAAUAAGUUAGGUACAUCUGUUGCAAUGUUUUGUUUCGUAAUAUAUUAUAAAAUUGGAUAUCAAAUUUGUUAAUGUUCACAAUAUUUUUCAUGUUGUAAUAAAUUGAAUUAUUGCUAAAUUUUCAUAAAUCUGUUUAAGAUAUUCCUUAUAUAUUAUGUUUUUAUAAGUAAAUUGCGGUUAACUGCAAUUUACUUAUAACUGUCAGGUGUAGAAUAUUUUUGUUAUAGUAGGCUCCAAAUUUUUUUUUUUUGUGUUUACUUAAGAAAGCCAACUUAAUGAAAUGGUUUAGCUGCCUCUGUUGAUAAAAUAAAAAAGUAUUACUAAAACAC